AGACCUCCAGAGCAGCCUGGAGACCAGCAGCAAGGGUGUAGAGGGAGGUUUGGAAACAACCUUCAUGUUCUGGCCAGCCCCUGAAUGCACUUUUCUCCAAGGAGAAUGGGAGAUAACCAUCAUCAGAAUUUUCAAUGAACUUGUAAAAGAUUAAAAAAGCAGAAUUUUCUGAGGAUGUUUAAAGAUCACUGAUGUAAUGUGGUAAAUUCAAGUGCUGCCAUUUACAGAGUUAUUGAUACAGAAUACAGCAGAGUGGUCUCCAGUUCCAUACAGAUGCUACAUGCUGAUCACCGUUGGAAGUGCGGUCUUUUACUUGGAAAUCAUGCAAAACCAAAGCUUUGUAACUGAGUUCAUCCUCCUGGGGCUUUCACAAAAUCCAAAGAUUCAGAAAAUAUUAUUUGUUGUGUUUUUGUUUAUCUACAUUGCCACCAUCGGGGGCAACACACUAAUUGUAGUAACCAUACUCCGCAGCCCUGCCCUACUGGGGUCCCCCAUGUACUUCUUCCUGGCAUUCCUGUCCUUUCUAGAUGCAUGUUUCUCUUCUGUCUUCACUCCGAAGAUGACCAUGGACUCCCUCUAUGAGAGGAAAACCAUCUCCUUUGAAGGCUGCAUGAUGCAGCUUUUUGCUGAACAUUUCUUAGCUGGGGCAGAAGUGAUUGUCCUCACAGCCAUGGCCUAUGAUCGGUAUGUGGCCAUUUGCAAGCCUUUGCAUUACUCUUCCAUCAUGAACCGCAGGAUCUGUGGCAUUCUGAUUGGGGUAGCCUGGGCAGGGGGCUUCUUGCAUUCCAUAAUACAAAUUCUCCUUCUUUUUCAGUUGCCCUUUUGUGGUCCCAAUGUAAUUGAUCACUUCAUGUGUGACUUACAACCAUUAAUGGAGCUUGCCUGCACCGACACUCACAUCUUUGGCUUUUUUGUGGUGGCCAACAGUGGGUUUUUCUGCAUCAUUAUCUUCUCUUUGUUGCUUGUCUCCUAUGGUGUCAUCUUCUUCUCUCUGAGAACUCAUAGUUCCAAAGGGCGGAGAAAAGCUCUGUCUACCUGUGGAUCUCACAUUACUGUUGUGUUUUUGUUCUUUGUCCCGUGCAUGUAUGUAUACUCACGACCUCCAUCUACUUUCACCUCUGACAAAAUGGUGGCAAUAGUUUACAAGAUCCUGACUCCCUUGUUCAAUCCUCUGAUUUAUACUUUCAGGAAUAAGGAGGUAAAAAAUGCCAUGAGGAAAUUAUGGAACAGAAUGGUGGUGGUUUCUGAUGGAAAAUAAAAUAUUAAUUUUUUUUAUAAAGACAAGGUUAACAUUAAAAAUGUCAAAGAUAUUCCUGGACUAAAAAUUUAA